AUGAACAAAGAGGAAGAGCUACGAUGUCACCCUUCUCUGAGCGGGUCGAGUGAGCGUUCGACGGGCCGUGUGGGGCGAGCGGCCGGCGCCACAGCAGUAGCGAGCGACGCCGCACCCGGACCGCACCACCGUCGACCGCGCACUGAGCCAGCCGCGACGUCCACUCCGCGAUACAUUGCGAACCUGUUCCAAAAUCGAACCCCAAACAACGCACCUGGGGCAGGAGGUGGACAGGACACUGUAUUGUGCACAAGUGACCCCUAUUGGACGACCGUGACGACUGACCGGUACCUACCUGACCGCGUCAUGCAAAACGCCCUCGGAUGUUGA